ACUGCGGUAUUAUUUUGACGUUUGGCUAACCGGAAGUUGAAAGGAAAUAUCUCUUAGCUGCUGUCUUUCGGGUUACUUGAACAAUAUUUAAAUGUUUUUAUAUUGUAAAAUUCUGAGUUAAAUUGCGGACGGACGCUCGUUAGACUCCACUUACAAUUUGACUUUGGUGCCUUGUAUGACUUGUCUCAGAUGCUGAGACUUUUCUAUUUAGCUGCAAUUUUGCUCUAAUUCCGCUGUAUGAACUCAGACAUUCAUUUUAAAAAACGUAUAAUAAAAUAACACCCAUGUUUGUUUGACUUGAAGAAAGAAAAAGUAGCAUUUUCAAAUAAUCUGAAAGCAAGUGUUCGGGGGGAAAAAAUGGCGCCGUUGACUUUGAUGGCUUUAACUGAAGAGUGGAUAAUGAACAAAGUGGGAUUAAAUCACCAACGCCUUGGAGAUGUUCGUUCACUGAGUCUUCCUGGCACAUAUAAGCAGAAAAUCGGAUAUCUGGGAAAUGGACUGGCCAACUUUGAGCGUCUAAAAUCUCUGAAUCUUUCACAUAAUUCGUUAGUCUCUCUUGAGGGUCUGCAACACUUGAAACAUUUACAAAUCCUAAAUCUAUACUAUAACUGCAUACCUUCCCUUGAGGAGGUAAAGGUCCUCUUUGAGUUGUCAGUUUUGAGAGAACUUGAUCUGAGACUCAACCCUCUGGGCAAGAUUUAUCCUCACUACCGACCUUUUGUGGUGCAUGCCAUUGCCAGCCUACGCAAAUUGGACGGAUGUCCGGUCAAAGACGCUGAGCGCAAGGCUGCAAAGAAGCGGUGCUCACAGUUAAGAAAUCGUGAUGAUAGACAGGCCUUAGUGGAGCGGCUCCGCAUGAAGCUCUCCCUUCUGAGUGACAAAGAUGAUGUUGGGUCGAACCACUCUGACAUCCACAGAAACCACAGUUACUCAAAUGAAGAAUUACAGUCAACUCAUAAGCAGUCAGCUCAAGACCAUCAAUGUCCCAGUCCCCAUCAUUCUGGCUCCAACCCCUUUUUGUAUACUUCAUGGCUGACUAAAGCAGAAAACAAGCAGCAGGAUAGUUACAGGAAGCCGUUGGAGGAGCUGCUCGACGUCAUGGAUAAACACUGGGUGGGAAAGCGAACUCUGCAACUUAACACUAACUUCCUGACUCAGAUUGUCCAGAUCCUCUCUAUGAUGGAAAACCAUAUCUCUAGUAAAGAUGCUAAGGUCAAGACCUUAAAAGAGGAAGUGGGCGCGUUGUGUUUUUUCGCAGCAGCACAAGAAAGAGAACACAAAGCUGAUGUGACCAAGUUUACCGCUCGUCUGGGAGAGCUCAACAUGCAGCUGAGGGUCGCCUUGGAGGAGAACGUCGCCCUCCAAAAAGAGCUGAUCACGUCAGAACGUAUGUAUCGCCAGUAUAUGACGGAGCACCCGCCCACUUGCCACAAUAUAGGGGCUCAGGGAAGGGUGGAGGAGCUGAGGAAGGAGGUGGCAGAGCUGAGGAGAAAAGUGAAGGAGGCUCAAGAGCGUCAAGGAUCAUCCUCAGGUCUGACUUGAAGUGUGCAGGAGAUUCCUGCAGGCAUGAAGAAAAUUGCACGCACCGCUUCAAUGCUAACCAGCCAUGUAGUUUUUAGUUUAUUUCCUCCCUCCAACAUGUUUGUAUUACGAUCCUCCGAUCGUUGAGCUAUUUAUUAUUUAGAAACAAUGUAGAAGGUAGUGUUUAUUUGAAGUUAACCUUAACCAAAUAACCCAAAAAGGUCAUUUAUUAAAGGAUGCUUGUGUA